AUGGAUGUAGAAACUCCCACCAAAGAACACAAGGGCCGACAGCUCGACCAGCUUCAGCGGUCACCCAGCAUGUCCAUCAUGGACGGGCAACAUCGUAAUAUCCACGAGAAUCCCUUUACCGUUUGGACAGCCAUGGGUAUUUGCCAUUCCAUCACCAACACUGCCAUCACCCUCAUCGUGGGUCUGGCCAGUGGUGUUUCCCUCGGUGGUCCACCGCUCUUCAUCUACGGCUUCAUCAUCAUGGCGAUCAUUGCCAUCGCCGUUUCCAUAAGCCUGAGAGAGCUUACCUCGGCUCUACCUCACUCGAGAGGUCAAUACUACUGGGUUGCCGUCUUGGCUCCCCCAAGCUGUCGACGCUUUCUCUCCUAUGUCACUGGGUGGGCUGGGGCUGUAUGCACCUGUGCCUCAGUCUGUCUCGCGGUUCCGACCACCAUCUUCGCCAUGGUGUCUUUGACACACCCCGACUUUGAAUACAAGCCAUGGAUGGGAUUUGUCGGGUUUCAAGUCCUGAACCUCUUGGCUUUUUCAUUCAACUGUUUCGAACGCGUCCUCCCUUGGGUCAGCCGCUUCCUCCUUGUCUUUACCGUCUGCACCGUCACCGUCGUCUUUGUUAGCAUCUUGGCCGCGAACCCCCACAAGCAGACAGGCAAAGGUCUCUUUGUCAACUUGUAUAACAUCUCAGGAUGGCCCAACGGUGUGGCUUUCCUGAUCGGCCUCAAUGCCCCCAACUGGGCCUUCUCCUGCCUCGACGCCACGGUGCAUCUCGCCGACGAGAUCCCCAACCCUCGACGGAAUAUACCCAAAGCCCUGCUUGUCACAGUAGCUCUAGGCACGGCGACCGGUUUCCCCAUCAUUCUCGCACUGUUCCUCUCGGCCCCUUCUGUCGAAACCAUUGUCAACUCUGCGACGCCUUCGCUACAGAUAUUCUAUGAUGCGUUCAGUCAGAACACGGCAGCGGCCUUGGGUCUGCAGAGCAUCGUCUUGAUUUCCGCAGCUGGUGCCAUCAUUGGUAUUCACACUUGGCAAUCCUGCAUCGCCUGGGCAUUCAGCAAGGACAAGGGAUUUCCAUUCCACCGCUUCCUCUCCCAGGCUGCUCCUGAACCAUACGGUACUCCUAUCUACGCCCAUAUCUGGUCCUGCUGCUGGACUGCCGUACUUGGAUGUAUCUACAUGAGUUCGCAGCUUGCCUUCAACUCCCUAGUGUCCGGCGGUAUUCUUCUUCAGUACAUCACCUACUCGGCAUGCAUCGCAUGCCUCUUGUGGCACGGCCGGUCAAAAUUACGCCCGGUCCUUUUUGGUUCCCCAAGCUUGGCUUGGUUGCCAACAUUGUCGUUUUGA